AGCUGCACCUUACAGUGAAAAUGACUUGGUGAAGUUGGGUUAGGUGAACAAGUUUCAGGAGUUUUAGGUCUCCAAUCAUUAAUUAACUUAAAGUUAACCAUGGUUAAGAACAACUUGGACUGUUGGAGGCUACUGUGCUCAUUUCUUUGUGUCAUCACACUCAUCACUAUCACUCCCAGACCACAGUGAGAGUUAGUGAGUGAGUGAGUGAGUUUUAAGAGAAUCAAAUGCCUUCUACAAAGACAUCCCAUUCGUUGUCUGAUAACUAAAAGAAAAGAGACAAAAAAAAGAGAGAAAUUCCCACAAAUUAAAAUCUUGUUCGAAACAGAAAAGGCAAAGCAAAAGGUCUAUUUUUAAUGCCACUCUCUUUUGUAGUACACUGAGAGGGAAAAGAGAAAAAACGAAUCUUUUUUCUUGUUCCUACCUGUCAUCUAUGUAAUCUAUGUGCCUAUAUGAACUUGAAAGAACUUCAUUUUGAAAAUCUGGGUUCAAGAUUAGCAACAUAGCUCUGAGUAAGCAAGAAGCUCCUUAUCGGUCCUUAAAAUGGUUUCUAGGUCAUACUCAAACCUCUUGGAUCUUACUUCCGGUGGGAUCCCAACUUUUGGUCGUGAAAAGAAGAGACUCCCUCGAGUGGCAACUGUUGCUGGAGUAUUAUCUGAGCUAGAUGAUGAGAACAGUAACAGUGUUGGUUCUGAUGCUCCCUCAUCUGUCUCACAAGAACGGAUGAUCAUUGUGGGAAACCAGCUUCCCCUUCGGGCUCAUCGAAGUCCAGAUGGUAGUGAGGAGUGGUGUUUCAGCUGGGAUGAGGACUCACUUCUAUUACAACUUAAAGAUGGCCUUGGAGAAGAUUUAGAAGUUAUCUAUGUUGGUUGUCUUAAAGAAGAGAUUGAUCCCAGCGAGCAAGAUGAUGUAGCCCAAACAUUGCUUGAAACUUUCAAAUGUGUCCCGGCUUUUAUUCCUCCUGAACUUUUUAGCAAAUUUUACCACGGAUUCUGUAAACAGCAUUUGUGGCCUUUAUUUCAUUACAUGCUCCCUUUAUCACCAGAUCUUGGUGGCAGGUUUGAUAGGUCCCUUUGGCAGGCUUAUGUUUCUGUGAACAAGAUAUUUGCCGACAAAGUAAUGGAAGUUAUUAGCCCUGAUGACGAUUAUGUAUGGGUUCAUGACUACCAUUUGAUGGUUUUGCCAACAUUUUUGAGGAAAAGGUUUAAUAGGGUGAAGCUUGGGUUCUUCCUCCAUAGUCCAUUUCCAUCAUCUGAAAUAUAUCGCACACUUCCUGUGAGAGAUGAACUUCUCAGAGCACUUCUCAAUGCCGACCUUAUUGGCUUUCAUACUUUUGAUUAUGCCAGGCACUUCCUAUCUUGCUGUAGUAGGAUGCUUGGUCUUUCUUAUCAAUCCAAGAGAGGCUACAUAGGGCUCGAGUAUUAUGGUCGUACAGUCAGCAUAAAGAUUCUUCCUGUUGGAAUUCAUAUAGGCCAGCUCCAAUCUGUGCUGAAUCUUCCUGAGACAGAAUCCAAGGUUGCAGAGCUACGUGACCAGUUUAGGGGUCAAACUGUUAUUCUUGGUGUUGAUGACAUGGACAUCUUUAAGGGAAUCAGCUUGAAACUUUUGGCCAUGGAACAAUUGCUCAUACAACAUCCUGAUAAGAGGGGUCAAGUUGUUUUGGUUCAAAUAGCAAACCCAGCAAGAGGCCGAGGAAGGGAUGUACAUGAGGUUCAAACCGAAACCAAGGCCACAGUGAGAAGGAUUAAUGAGACUUUUGGAAGUCCAAAAUAUAGUCCCGUUGUUUUAAUUGAUGCCCCACUCCAGUUUUAUGAGCGUAUUGCUUACUAUGUUAUUGCAGAAUGUUGUCUUGUUACAGCUGUAAGGGACGGGAUGAACUUGAUACCCUAUGAAUAUGUUAUAUGUAGGCAAGGAAAUGAAAAGCUGGAUGAGACAUUGGGCCUAAACACAUUGGCCGCAAAAAAGAGCAUGCUGGUUGUUUCAGAGUUUAUUGGAUGCUCCCCAUCAUUGAGUGGGGCUAUUCGGGUAAAUCCAUGGAACAUUGAUGCUGUUGCUGAAGCUAUGGAUUCUGCUCUAAUGCUCCCAGAGGCGGAAAAACAGAUGCGACAUGAGAAGCAUCAUAGAUAUGUAAGUACACAUGACGUUGCAUAUUGGGCACAUAGCUUUCUCCAGGAUCUCGAAAGGGCAUGCGGGGAUCAUGUGAGGAGGAGAUGCUGGGGAAUCGGAUUUGGUUUAGGUUUUCGGGUAAUUGCUUUGGACCCUAAUUUUAGGAAACUUUCAGUUGAACAUAUUGUUUCAGCUUAUAAGAGAACCAAGAAUCGGGCUAUUCUUUUGGAUUAUGAUGGUACUAUGAUGCUUCCAGGUCCAAUAAGUACUGCUCCUAAUACGGAGGUUUUUGGAAUCCUGAACCAUUUAUGCAGAGACCCUAGGAAUGUUGUUUUCAUUGUCAGUGGGAAGGACAGGGAAACUGUUACGGAAUGGUUCUCUUCUUGUGACAAGCUUGGGGUUGCAGCAGAGCAUGGGUAUUUUGUGAGGCCAAACCAUCAUGCAGAUUGGGAAACAUGUAUAUCUGUGCCAGAUUUUGACUGGAAACAGAUUGCAGAGCCAGUAAUGAAACUGUACACAGAGACAACUGAUGGUUCAGCCAUUGAGACCAAAGAGAGUGCUCUAGUAUGGAAUUAUCAGUAUGCAGAUCCAGAUUUUGGCUCAUGCCAGGCUAAGGAGCUGCUAGAUCACUUAGAAAGUGUUCUUGCAAAUGAGCCAGUUUCUGUCAAGAGUGGCCAACACAUUGUGGAAGUUAAACCUCAGGGUGUGAACAAGGGUCUUGUUGCAGAACGUCUCCUUGAAACAAUGCAACAGAAGGGAAUGCUGCCUGAUUUUGUUCUCUGUAUUGGGGAUGACCGGUCGGAUGAAGACAUGUUUAAGGUGAUAAUGAGUGCAAGGGCAGGCCCCUCUCUUUCCCCAGUUGCUGAAGUAUUCGCUUGCACCGUAGGCCAAAAACCCAGUAAGGCCAAGUACUAUUUGGAAGACACAUCUGAAAUCUUGAGAAUGCUGCAAGGUCUGGCAAAUGCUUCAGAGCAUGCUACUAGAAGUUCUUCCAUAUCUUCCCAGAAAAUCAUCAUUGAUAGAGAGUUGGAAAAGCCAUCUCCUUGAAUGGGUUGUUUUUCUAUGUGUUUACUGCAUAUGUUAUUUGCUUGAGCCCAUGGGGGCUUUUCUCUGGCUGUGGUCAAAUUCAUGCGUGGAGAUUUAGGUAUUGGCCUCUCCAUUGAAUAUAGGGAACAGGGUUGUCCAAUUUCUGUAACAGUAACUGAUCAUUGCAAGUUUGAUAGAUAAGUCUCGUGUUUCCAUGGAAUAGUUUUUAUCUGUUUCGUGUUUGGGGUAUCGGGGAGAGGAUCAUCGCCUUUACGGAUAAAUGGUCAAUCUGCUGCUACCUGAACUUGUCGGAGAUUUUGAUUUAUUUGCACAAUUCUGCC